AUGGCAGGACCUAAAAAGGAUGUGGAUCCUGAGGAGCUGAUGAGGAAAAAGUUUCGCGCUAAAUGUUUAUUUCGUGCUUUGAUACGGUUGGUAAUGGCCAACGCACAUUGGCUGAUUGAAGGAAUAGACCAAUACGUAGGCGAUGACGUGAAACGGAGGGUGGAACAAGCAGUAAGAACUAAAGUUAAAAAGAAGCAGUUGCUCAAUAUAAAUGAUAAAGCUCUUUUAAACAAACCCGCUGAAGAACGAACCGAUCAACAGAAGAAAUAUAUUUAUCGCAUUAUAGGAGGUCUCAAAUGUUUCAAAAGAUACCCAAAUAAUGUCAAAAAGAGACUUGCCGCUGCAACAUACUUCAAAUACUUCGGUCCAGGGCGUGUCAUAGUUCGUCAACACCAAGAGGCCCACGCCAUGUACUUCAUCGUCAGCGGAGAUGUUAAAGUCAGUCAGCUUGUAUACGAUGAACUUAUCCAUAAAUAUGUUUCUGUGGAUGUUGGUGCUAUGCAUACCGGCGACAUGUUUGGAGAAGUUUCAUUGCUGCACAGCAUACCGAGGACUGCCACAGUAACCACUGUUGAUCACUGUGAAGUGUUAGCACUCAUGAAGGAUGACUUCAAGCAUAUACUACAUGCUACCAUUCAGAGGCAGUGGGAUGAAGUCCGUCGUGCUAUGUCCGCUUUCACGUACUUUGACGCACUCGAUGAGGUGGCGUGCCGCGAGGGUUGCAUAGUUGCGAAGAUGAAAUCUUACGAGGUGAAUGAGACGAUACUCGGUGACGGUGUGGGAAUUCAUAAUUUCGUCUAUUUCAUAUUAUCAGGCCAAUGUCAGAUGAUAGAAUCCAUACAAGUAUUCGUAACUACGCGCUUGGGGAAAAACUAUUAUACGUUGUAUGACCCGUAUGUUCCAAGCGAGGAAAGUGAAUCAGACUUAGAUAAAAAAUAUUUUAAAGCCUAUAAUUUGACUAAAGCCGAACGUGGAUCUGAUGCAACAGUAGAUGAUGAACAAGAACAAGCUGAAUAUUCGAAAAAAGGUGCGGCUUUAUCAAAGAGUAUAUUAUUAAACCGAUCAAAUAAACAAAAAAGUCAGUCAGCGGAGAGAAUAGAUGAAGUAAAAAAUAGUAAGGGAACUGUUGAUUUUGAAGGCUUAGGUAAACAAGAAACUAAAACAAUUAAGGGAUCAAGAAAUGGAAGUAAAAACGAAAGUAUCAGUAAGGGAAGUGCUGAAUUUGAAGAAGAAGCAAAAUCGGAAGAUUUUUUAAAGCCAAUACCACAAAAAGAUCGCCGAGAAUCCAUUCGAAUCAGUGUUAUGCCUGACGUAAUGUAUGGAGGUGGUUCAACCACACCAAAACAAAAUUUCCGAACUUAUUUUAUGCAGGUUUGUCUAUUCAAUGCGGGUGCGUGUUUUGGUAUCGGAGAGAGCAUGCGUGACCGUCGCAUUAUUGCCCUGACUCCUGUAAGCUGCAUGCUACUCCCAAAGGUGUGGCUUUUUCAACGAAACACAGCUAAUAUUUGGUCUCGGAUUCAACAUUAUUUGAAAAAAAAAAUACCAACUAAAAAACAAUUGUUUAAAGAAUUUGUAUCAGCAAGACGAUGGCAAGAAUUCCGAGAAGACUUGGUAGAAAAUGUACUCGCUCGCUCCAAUACUGUGAAUUGGACAACCAUACAUGAUGUGCCGUAUUCCAUACGUUUGGAAGAAACGCAAGAUAUUUAGCAAUAACCUCAUUUUAUUAUUAAUUCAUUUUGAUAUCAUAAUAAAUUUUUCCCUAUUGGUCUUUUUUGCGUGUUAUGUUGGCCUAUUCACUAACUUUGAUUAACUUUAGUGGAUAAACACAAAAGAAGAUGCCCAAAAUUGGGCCCACUUUUGGAACGAUACAGAAAUAAAAAAUAC